GCCCAAGCCAGUAGCGAGGCUGGGAAGCGAUACCACGAGCAAGACUUGGCCGCAGGGGACCUAGUAAGCGUGUAGCACGAUUUCGUCGGACGCUCGUAAGCAGGUGGUGACUAUGAGGACAACAUUGCUGCUGGCAGCUGCCUACCUGCUGACGCUGGGUGACAGGUGUCUGGGUGCCAGGAUCCUGGCAGCUGUGCCGACCCCAUCCAUCAGCCACCAGUUGCCGUUGAGGACUGUACUGCUGGAAUUGGCCAGGCGUGGUCACCAGGUCACCUUCAUCACCACCCACCCCAUACGGGUUCCUACUGCAAACUACUCUGAAAUAGACAUUUCACCAAGCCUUAAAGCAUUCAGAGAUAUGAUAGAUUUCAAUGACUUCCCUGAUGCAUCGUCUCCUGUGGCUUUACUUAAAUUUAUUCUUGGUAUGAGAAUAUAUGGGUGCGAAUUUCAGUUUGGUUUGGAACCGAUGAAAGAGUUCAUGAAAUUGGAGCAGAAGUACGAUGUUUUCAUCAUAGAGAAAUUCGGAUUCACUUGCUAUUAUGGCUUAGCGCACAAAAUGGGGUCUCCACCGUUAAUUGGAUACACUUCUCUUGGAAUUACGUCACUUAAUCGGAAGACUUUCGGCAGUCCAAUUAAUCCUUCCUACAUCCCCGACUAUAAUCUCGGAUACACGGACCACAUGACCUUCUGGCAGAGAAUGUACAACGCUUACAUCUUAAUUCGAUCGCUGGAUGUUGAAGAGACAGUUCUGUAUGGGAAAGAGGAAGAGGAACUGAAGAAGUAUUCCGGUCCCAACCCACCUACCGUGAAGGAAAUGGAUUACAAUUUCAGCCUCAUGUUGGUCAACAAUCACUUCAGCGUGAGCUACCCUGUGCCGAACACGCCAAAUAUCGUCGAAUUAACUGGAAUCCACAUCCAGAAGGAGAGGAAGCCGCUGCCAAAGGACGUGAGGGACUUUCUGGACGGUGCCAGGGACGGCGUGGUUUACUUCAGCCUGGGCUCCAACGUGCAGAGCAGUGCCAUGCCUUCAGAGACAGUCCGCGCCUUCCUGGACGCUUUCGCUGGAAUCCCGCAGCGUGUGCUCUGGAAAUGGGAAGCAGAUCGAUUGCCCGGUCAGCCCGGCAACGUGAUGACCGCCAAGUGGCUGCCGCAGCAGGACGUGCUGGCUCAUCCGAACGUACGUCUCUUCAUCACUCAGGGAGGACUACAGAGUUGGAACGAGGCAGCUUAUUUCUCUGUGCCCGUCGUUGGGAUUCCUUUCCUAGGAGACCAGGUUUACAAUAUUGAAAAGAUGGUCAGUUUAGGCGUUGGACGAAGGCUGGAUUUAAAAGACAUCACCAAGGACAGUGUUCUGGAAGCGGUGCAGACAGUUCUGGAAGACAAGAGCUACCAGGAGAACAUGAAGCGCUUCUCUGCCAUCUACCGGGAGCACCAGAGCACGUCCCUGGAGAGGGCGGUGUGGUGGGUGGAGUACGUGAUCCGCCACCAGGGGGCCCCCCACCUGCGCAGCGCAGCCCUCGACCUGCACUGGUGGCAGCUGCUGCUGCUCGACGUCAUAGCCUUCAUACUGGCUGUGGCGGCCACGGUGGCGUUUGUCCUCUACAAGCUGACUCGAUGGCUGUUCACGUGGCUCACUCGACCCAGUAAACUAAAGAAUCAAUGAGACUUGCGGCGUGGCGUACCUCUGUCUCGACAGUCACUAUUUUCUGUGCGUUUGUUUUGUGCAAACUGGUAUAUUCCAUGUAAGGGAGCGACUAUCGAAAUCGUGAAACCAUUGAUGAUACUUCAUCAGGACCUUUAAGAGUUCAUAAAUGACAUCUUAAUUACACACAGUUAUAAACAGAUUUGCUAAAAAACUAACUGGUUGUGUGCUGCUGUAUGAAGUAUAUCGCUGUAGUUUUGAAUGACUGAAACGUGUGUGCUGGCAGACAUGUGAAUCUUGUGAUUACAUAUUCGGUUAGGAUAACAUAAAUCAAUGUUUCGCAUACCAUGCCAAAAUACAGACUGUCUCAAAAGUCUGUUAAAGUUGGGAAAUUCAGUACUUGACGUAAUAAUGUAGAUUUAUUGAAACAAAAAAGGCAUAAAAUGACCAAUAGAUGACACUGUAUA